UACACGAGACAAGAGGAGAUACAAUAAUAAGAUGAAAUGUGCGGAUUCUGUGUUGAGAUUCUCAGAGUGUUUCAUCUUUGUUCCUCUCCAACAACAUCAUUUCCAGCUCACCCGCUUAGAUCGGAUCUAUUUUCUGCCACCCCCCCCUGCCCUCCUCUUUCACCUUUAAUUUCAUCUGGCGCCACCUGCUUUGCCUUUCCAUUAUCCCCAGUAAAAAUAUUCACACAAACCAAAACCCCCCACCCCACCCUCAAAAAAUUAAACACCAAAAAGAAAGAAGGGAAACCCCAUUAUUGGUUUUGGCUUUUAAUUUCAUAAUGAACAACAACAACACAACCAAGCUCAGAUAAAAAAGAUUAAAAAAACUCAACCCCCCCACCAUUUUAGCCUGAGCUCUGUUUCAUGCCUGAACCACAUAUCCCAAUUGGUGAUCUGUGUUAAUGGGCAAUGUAACGUCGGGUGUGGCUGCAAAGUUUGCAUUUUUCCCUCCAGACCCACCCACCUAUGAUGUGCACAAAGACGACGGUGGUAAGCUUGUGCUCUCGGGAGUUACAGCUGACAAGAACAUGGAAGUGCAUUUGCUUGAUACAAAAGCAGGGAACAAGAUCGUUGCCACGUUUUGGAAGCACCCUUUUGCCAGGUUCACGCUUCUCUACUCGCAUGGUAAUGCUGCUGACUUGGGUCAGAUGCACGAGCUCUUCAUUGAGCUCAGGGCUCACCUGCGUGUCAAUAUUAUGAGCUAUGACUAUUCAGGAUAUGGAGCAUCAGCUGGUAAGCCAUCUGAGUUCAACACAUAUUAUGACAUAGAAGCUGUGUACGAUUGUUUAAAGAACUACUACGAAAUAAGACAAGAGGAUUUGAUACUGUAUGGCCAGUCUGUUGGAAGCGGACCAACACUGCACUUGGGUUCUCGCUUACAGAAACUGAGAGCCGUUGUUCUUCAUAGUGCCAUCCUGUCAGGCAUACGAGUCUUGUAUCCCGUCAAGUUGACGUUUUGGUUUGACAUUUUCAAAAAUAUAGACAAAAUACGGCACGUCAACUGUACGGUUUUAGUUAUACAUGGAACAGAUGAUGAAAUUGUUGAUUGGUCCCAUGGAAAGCGUUUAUGGGAACUUUCCAAGGAAAAGUAUGAUCCCUUAUGGGUCAAGGGUGGAGGCCACUGCAAUCUCGAAACAUAUCCUGAGUACAUUAAGCACUUACGCAAAUUCAUAAAUGCGAUGGAGAAACUUUCGCUUGCUAAACAAACGAAGAAACAACUCACUUCUAACCCAAGUAUCACAGAAGUAAAACACAACAAGUGCUUGAGAUUUGGAAAAAAAUAGCUGGUUUUCUUGAUAUCAGUUGAGAAGUAGGGAAUGGAAACAGAUAGUUCCACUGCAUUGUCACCCCGUCUACACGAAUAGCUAUGAUUGCUUUGGCAGCAAGGAAGCUAUCCAGCCUGGUAUUUUUCUUGGUAGAGGAACAGAUAGGAGGAAUCAUACCUAGAAUGUUUGAUCCAGAUCUAGUUCAGUUCAGAUGACCAUUUUUUGAGAUAGGGAAUGAACUUACAUGUACAAUUUCUAGAGGUUUGGUUCCUGAUCUGGGGUUUCUUGUAUAAUUUAAAAAACUGAGCUCUAUCUCUAUGUAAAGAGACUAUCAUCAAUUUCAGUAGAGAAAAUACAUGGGUUGCUUUGAUUUA